UUCGUGAGAGAUGUCGGUGAGAGUCUAAUGCAACCGCAUGUUGCAAUGAUUUUUUUUUGUAAAUAUGAAAGAGAUCAAACGAAAUUUCAUACAUCAGUGUUGGUGGUAGUGUUGAAAGUGGCAGGCCGCCAAAGUGGCCUUUCUUCCGUCGAAGCCUUCGCCUUCUUUUGCACUUGUCAAUGAACUCACCAUUCGCGUUCUUCACUUGGUCGCUGCAGCACACACAAUACCACUGUCGUCAGUGCCGCGUACGCGUUCGUUCGUUCACAGUUUCUUUCAAACCGAAAAUGGAGUAAAACAAAGAUGGAGGAAAUUAUUGUGUACUGAUUUAAAAAAUGACAAAAAUUGGCUACGAACCCACAAUGGUUCUUAUAGACGGUCUAUGAAUAAUCUGAUGAGUUGAAUGUUCAAGUUUUUAAUGUUUUUCUCGGUUAAUGUAUGACAAAUCGGCCAGCAAUUAUAGUCGAUUAGGCCUGGUACCGCACCCGCUGUUAAACGGUUUCGAAAAAGUCAAAUAAAACUAAUAAUGCAAUCAGCGAUAAAUCAUUCGCAAUGUGGAUUAGCUGAGUAAUGUUAAAAACUAUGAAUGGCAAGAAAAUGUGAUAUAGAUUUUCGUCAAAGUGGAUGGAAAAUGGUUUGCAUAUUUGAAUGUAAGCAAACUUGUCGAUGAUGGCGUACAGUGAAAAGAGCAAGUGAAAAAAUAAUUCCUCAAGCGAGAAAUAACUGUAAGGGCAGGUUUGGCUCGGCCUUUUACUGGAAGUUGCGUCGACCGGUGGAACUAUCAUCGGGAUGAAUCAAUUUGUUCUAAACAAACCAUGAGAAAUUAAUGUGCCGAUGAAUACCGCGAAGGUGUAAUGUAUGCGACUACACAAUUUAUUUCAAUUAAAAUGAAAAGCAGACGAUUAGUACAGGUUUGUUAAUGGAAGCUUGAUCGCAUUUUUGUCCAAUGAAAGUGUGGACGCUCUAUUAUGAACAAUGGAAACGGAAUCAGUGAAAUCGGAACCUAGUAGUAAAACGACAAGACGAUCAAGAGCACAUAACGGUGGUGGUAAUAACAGCAGUACCUUAGGAUCGCACAGGGACCGAACGAGACAUUCUCACAGAAAUAACCAUUCUCGUAACAAACGACCCGAUAUGGCACCAUUUCAAACAAGUGUGAAUAUUGGCGAUGACACCCGUGACGGUCAGGAAGUUAUUGAAGUGCAAAUAUUGCCCCAAGAUGAAACAUGGGGAGAGAAUACAACUGCAAUUACGGGUAACACAUCCGAACAGAGCAUAUCAAUGGAGGAUGUCAGUUACUGGCAGAUGUCUGACGACACUGGCAUAGGUUUUGCUUGCCAGCGUUAUUUGGAGCGUACUUUAUCAGUAUUGUUAUGCGCAGUGGCAUUUUUAAGCCCAUUGGUGAUGGCAGUUUUACCAAAGUUGGGAUUUUUCCCUUCAGCAUUCGAUAACCUCGAUCUAACACAGAACGAUAGGCUGCAGCUGUUGGCAUGCAAUGCCGAGUGCAAAGGAAUGUUGGUUUCGUUAGCAGCCAGAAUGUUACUGCUUUCUAUUGGUCUGUGGGCGGUCUUCAUGCGGAAACCUGUGGCUAUUAUGCCAAGGAUAUUUUUCUUCCGAGCAUCCGUCUUGCUGUUGGUUUUGAUAACAACUUUCGCAUACUGGUUAUUUUACAUUGUGCAAGUAACCGAAGGCACCAAAGCGAUCGUUUCCGGAUCGGAGGCUGUUGACUAUAAGACUCUAGUGUCGUAUGCUACCAAUUUCACCGACACUCUACUGUUUGUGCAUUAUGUAGCCGUUAUUUUGUUGGAAAUCAGACAUCUGCAGCCCAUAUACUACAUCAAGGUGAUCCGAAGUCCUGAUGGAGAAUCGCACAGCUACAGUUUGGGGCAGCUUAGCAUACAACGAACGGCAGUUUGGGUUCUGCAGCGUUACUAUACCGAGUUCACAGUUUACAAUCCAUAUCUAGAACGAUUGCCGGUAUCGAAGUCACAACGUAAAGCCUUAUCUUCUUUCAAGUACUACGACGUAGAUGGUGCCAAUUCUGCUCAACAGCAAAGCCAAUCGAGGGCCGUGUUGGCUGCACAUGCCCGUAGACGAGACUCUUCACAUAACGAAAGAUUCUAUGAAGAGCAUGAGUAUGACCGACGCGUGAAGAAGCGGAGAGCUCGAUUGGUGACGGCAGCCGAAGAAGCCUUUACCCAUAUCAAGCGACUCCAAAAUGAUCAACCACAACCGCAGGCUCCGGUGAUACCACUUGAUCCACAGGAAGCUGCGCAGGCCAUCUUUCCAUCAAUGGCACGUGCUCUGCAGAAAUACCUCCGGGUUACUCGUCAACAACCUCGCCACACCAUUGAAUCAAUCUUGAAGCAUCUGGCUCAUUGUUUAAAAAACGACAUGUCACCAAGGGCAUUCCUAGAGCCAUACCUCGUAGAAGCUCCAGUACUUCAAAAUGACAAGGAACGUCGGACGAAUCACAAUUGGGCUCUCAUAUGCGAUGAACUGUUGUCAAGACCCAUUUCCGAUGGGUGUUCAUUCCAGUUAAUCCAGAACGAUGUCUCGUUAACGGUGUCGAUCAAUAAGAUUCCUCACUUCACUAUCAGCGAAGAAGUCGUCGAUCCAAAGUCCAACAAGUUUGUUUUAAAGCUGAACUCGGAAACCAGCGUGUGACCUCCUCGUACCGGAUAUGGUGGUAGCAAAUUGGAAAACGCAACGGAUCUCAGUGAGCGUAAAGAGAUUCUUAAGCAUUUGAAUCUCAUUUUGGCCGGAAAGAAGCGUAAUCGAAAGGUUCAGGACCGGUUGGUCUAGUGGAUUCACGUGAGGGGAAGUGAGCAAUUAUCAAGCGAGUGUGCCUCCGAGGGUGGGAUUUUUUGUCAGGCUACGUUUUAUGUUUAUUGUGCAGCCGAUGGAGUCGUGACGAAGCUAACCGGCAAAGGGUCGUCAUCAAAGAAGGUGACCGUCGUAGGAAGUAUAUAAUUAUGGGGUAGUGUCUAAGACCUUUCGAUGGCGUUAUAACGUUGGAAAGACUGACUUUGUCGUUUGAAUUUUGGUGAAGCAAAACGAGUGUGUGACAGCGAGAAUACUCAUUAAAGUACCCUGAAACAUCAAUCAUAUUCGUAGCACGUUUAACAGCAAAAAUAUGUUACUAUAGCGCCCAAGUUACUUCCAAGAAAAUCGCUUCAUUAGGCAUUCAUCGGCGGACCCGAAGGUAAAAAAAGAACAGCAUCAAAUACUUGUACCACACGAACCAGGAACACGAGCAAACAUAAUAACAAAUUAUUAAUUUAAACCAUAAUACGCUUCUGGGGAUUUGCAUAUCAUUACGAAAUCAAGUCAUCUACACAUACAGCAUCACAUACAAGCACAUGGAAAACGAAACGAAAAUAUCAGUUACACUCUUCAAAAGGGAGGACGCAAAAGUGACCGAACCAGGACCGCGCUACUAAUUUUAAUAAUAUCAUCAAAGAAAAUGUCACGAUUUGAAUUUAAAAAACAACAAAAGCGCCGAAAAAACUGCCAAAGUAGUUAACAGUUUAGGAACAUCGAGAAAAAUCCGCGAACGUAGUGAGCAAUAUGAUUGUUUGCAUUUAGUCCAGGAAAAAAUGGAGAGCCUAAAAGGAUUAUGUAGGAAGUUUAGAAUACAGCUAACAUUCUAAAUAUGUAGCUUUGCCAGUUUUGCUGACAUAAUUGAAAAGAAGUUCUUGAUCAUAUGUUCGAAGUCGUAUAAACGAGUUUAAAUAACAUUCAAAUAUUGACAUUGAAUAUUAGUCGGGAUAGCUUCACGUCUAUCGAUUUACUUUACUGUGGUCAAAGAAUGAUUCUGUAUUUGACAUUUGUUUUGAGCAGUGCGGAGCUGCUAAGUAAAUCAAAUUUUGUAACGCUUAUAACGCCUGCAUCAUAAAGUAAAUGGAGUUGUCACGUUUCAUUUUGGGAAGUUUUCCUUCUCAUAAUUCCGCAAAGAAAAGUGACAAGACAAUAACUCGCCCAUAUUUAAGCAGAGCUGUCAAAUUACGUCGGUAAUUCGAUCAAAUAUUCCUUGACCCCUUUCCUUACGAUACUGCUUUGGGUACUGGCCUUUGAUUCUUUAAGAAAUCAAUCCUAGGGGUCAAGAUUCUCACCCUGGCAUCCGCAUACUGCAGAUUUGUAUCUUAGCCACCUAUGUUGUAUCCUUUUUAUAAUAUUGACAUGAAAAAUAUUGAUUAUUAAAGUUCAAGCACCUUAUUACUUGGUUUUAAAGUAGGUUUUUUGAUGCGAUUUUGGGGCACUGCAUAGACAGGCACAGACGAGCUUUAUUUUCUAUAAUUCUAAAGGAAAUCUUUAGAGUCGUAGGAAAUUGUUCAAAAUGUGGUUGAAAACCAAGUUUUUUUUUUAUUUCAACGUGAAACUGUUCAGAAUUUCCAAGGAAAAAGUUCUUUCUGAAAGGGUAACGGUUGUUUGGCCCUAAGGGCCGAUUUCUUCACCCCCGCUUAACACUAAACCAAGUUUCAGCGUAUGGGUAAGCACCACUUAAGUGUUGAGCGAGAUUAAAGAAAUUGGCCCUAAGUCAAGUAAUUUAACCGAAUAACACGUAAGUAGUCUAGCCGAAUUCUAUUUGGUCGAAUUGAACGUUUGGCCGAAAGCAAUAUACGGCCGAACUGGUAACUUGGAUGGUGACGUUUGCCCCAACAGGUUAUUGUGUGCCGUUUCGAAGCUGUUUGAAUCUGUCAUUAUGGAACCACUGCUUUCGCACUGUAAACAACUGAUUGUAUUUGGUCGAAUUGAACGUUUGGCCGAAAGCGAUAUACGGCCGAAUUGGUAAAUUGGCAUUAAAAGACGUGUGCCCCAACAGGUCAUUGUGUGCCGUUUUGAAGCUGUUUGAACUUGUCAUUAUGGAACCAUUGCUUUCGCACUGUAAACAACUCAUUGUGAAUCCGUGACGAUAAGCACGGAUUCACCACCGGUUGCACGACUUCCACCAAUUCACUGUUCCUCACGUCUUACAUCACGAACAGUCUGACGGGACAGGCUCAAACGGAUGUUAUUUAUACUGCCCUAAUCUGCAGUCUUCGAUAAGAUGAAUCACACAUUAGCUAUUGCAAAUCUGGACUAAUUCGAAGUUAGCGGCAGUCUCAUGAACUGGUUUCAUUCGUAUCCCUUAGAACGUCACCUGAUGGUAACUAUUGGAGCAUGCACAUCUAAAAGUUUUCAUGCACCAUCCGGUAUACUACCAACACGUUGUAUUAAUCGCCGUUUUUCAGCCUUGCAUCGAGUGGUGGUAAACCUAGCCAAGUGUUCUGUCAUAACGUUCUCUCAAAAAAAAAAAAAACAGCCCUCCGUUUUUAACUACAGCCUCAGCACAGAAAUACAGCGAGUGGCCCACGUGAAGGGCCUUGGUGUCAUUCUAGAUUCGCAACUAAUAUUCAAGCAGCACAUCUUUUUCAUCUGUGCUCGACUCUACAGUAUUGUUCAGUUGUCUGGAGUCCAUUUUCUUCGAUUCUCGCUUUGUAAGCUACCUUGGCAGGAUCCGUUUCAUCUACCUACCUACUGCCGGCCAAAAUUUUGGGUUCACCCCAUGAACAAUAUGACAAAGUUUUUUACUCAUAUUUCUUUAGUCUUAUGUCCGAUUUGUGAUCUUUAUGGCUCAUUCGAAGGAUAAUUUCUAGAACUUAAGAUAUUUGACAUAACAUAACUUAUUGGUAAGAAUGUUAAAAUUUGGACCAAUGUUGCACUUUUUGUUCAAAAUUAACAAAGUUUUAAACCUAUUUAUUUCGAAAAUGAGCCGAAUUUUUAUUAAAAAACUCAAAGGUGCAGCCCAAUCGGGUUGUACGCAAAGGUGAAGUAGAACUACGUGCCAGUUUUCGUGAUUGUCUGCUGAGAUUGAGUGAGCAUUACGAACCCUGGUGAUGUAUAUAAUUUUUAGACCAAAAUUUGAAAAGUAUGAUAAAAAUAAAAUUUUCAAAUAAUCGAUGAUGAACAAUACUCUCAAGCGAUCACAUAUCCAAAUUAUCAAUUGAUAAAAACUCGCUAGAGAGUAAAAGUCGUUCGAUAAUUGUAUCUCGAUUCGAAGCAUUGCAUUGGUAAAUGCUACUUUUGAACUUAUUUUCCUAAUGCUAAAAGAUCACUAAGUUGAAAAGCAGGCCAAGUUGCAGUUGGAAUGUACGAGAUUGACUGAUUCACCAAAACCGAUUGCUAAACUGUUAGCAAGUGUUCAGUAGUAGAUAAUCAUACAUAAAUAUUGUAACACAUUGGAGUCAGCUUUUUUUUGUGUCUUUAUUAAGGAGACUUUCAGCCCGAGGCUGGCUCGUCUCCGAAUCAGCUUUUACGCGGAGGAUAUGGGCCGCGUGAACUAAAACAAUGUAAUAAACCGCAUAAAUUCCAAAAUAUGUCUAAAUGAACCGCGUUUAUCCCGAAAUUCUAGUGAAAAAAUGCGUAAAAAGCGAUUCGUGUAAAAAUAAGCCGCGUAAAAAACGACUUCAGUGUACAUCGGCAAAUAUAAGAAUAAAGCGUUGACUCUCCCUUGAUCGAAUGGUCCAAGAAAAUUGAAAAUCUAUCGAGAAACGGCUGAGAUAUUAACGAUCAAAGUCUAUCAUAUUUUCGUGACGUUUUUCGUUUUUUUGCAAUCGUAAAGUGUACCCCAAUAUAGAAAAGACAGACGUAGUUCUACGUCAAAAAAGUGUGGGAAGACUACCGUGAAUCUUACUUGAUACUUGAUGGGCUAUAGCUCUUCGAUGAACCUACGCCGAAUGGAGUAUCCUUCUCCACUGGACUCGAUCCUGGGCCAAUCGCUUCCAGUCGCCCUGAACAUUGAGCGCCCUCAGGUCCUCUUCAACUGCAAAAAGCCAUCGUGUAUGCGGCCUUCCACGAAGCCUGCGGCCUCUUCCGGGUUCUCUACUAAAUAUUAUCUUCGCUUGACGUUCUUCUGGCAUACGAACAACGUGACCAGCCCACCGUAGUCUGCCGUAUUGUAUAAGCUUAAUAAUAUCCAUACCUUUAUACACCUGGUACAAUUCGUGAUUCAUGCGACGCCGCCAGAUACCGUUCUCCUGUUUACUGCCGAGUAUUGUCCGCAGCACCUUACGCUCAAACACUCCGAGAGCUCUCCGAUCAGCCUCCUUUAACGUCCAUGUCUCAUGGCCGUAUAAAGCCACCGUGAAUCUAUGCACUUUAAAUAGCAAUUUUUAGAAUGUUUGGAAAAAAUCUAGAUUUUUUGUAAUCACUGAAAUAGUGAUAAAUGGGUAGGAUUUGCUUUAGCCAAAAGUUUUGGUUCAUCCAUAAAUGGUGUGUCGGCCAUAAGUUUGGGUUCACCCACCAAAACUAGUAUCACCCAGAAAAAAGUACGGUACAGACAAACAUAUUUGAGGUAAAUUUAAACAAAAGUUCAGUUUGUCAUAGCAUCAAACAUAAAUACGUUUGGAACAAACAUAUUAUUACAUUUGAAGCAAACGAAAAAUAUUUUUAAAUCAAAUAUGCAUUUUAAGUAGCUUCAACCACCGAAAUUAUUGAAGCAAACAUAGAUAUUAUUGUUUUGGUUCGACCGCUAAAAUAUUCAUAUUCUGGUAGCAUUUGACUACCAGAUUUCACAAUUGCUAACGUCUAUGAAUCCAUGAUGAUUGCCGAUACCCUGUAUGGACGCAUCGACAGUGGAGUUAUGCUAGAUCAAAUAGACUUGUAUGUUUCGGAACAGUCAUAUAUUGAGACUGUAGAUCAUUGGAUUCAAAUAUUUUUUUAAAAGUGCACGAUUUCUAAAAUAAAAUAUUUCCUAUUCUUAUUUAGCUACCUUAUUUACCUACCUUAUUUACCUAUACCACUAAUUACAUUAUGGCUUAUGUAGAAAUUUGAAAAGCCAAAAUCUGCUGAUUAUUCAACAGCGAUGUUUCCACAUACCUGUCGAUAGAUUUCCAAGCUCUUUUCUUCUUGUGUUGUAGAAACGGGAGGUGAUGUUAGGAUGCAACGUUGGCUCAUCACGUAAAUUAAUCAAUAAUUCAACAAUAAUACAUCGUUUUGCAGAAAUGUUUAUCAAUGCUUCUUUAAAAAAGUAUAUCAAGCCGACUUUAUUUAUGUUACGCAAGAUUCAUGAACUUCUUCAACUGAUAAACGCAGUAAACCUGCAUGAAAAAUUGCUCUGACUCGGUUGCUAACACUUGAGUAAGCAGGCAGCGCAAGAGAUUUUUCUUUUGCCCAAUAAAGUAGUUUUUGAAAUGGACUUACCUAUUUUUGCACAUUAGAUGAACGGAUAACAAUCACACUAUUAUAGCAUUCAUAUUAAAUUCACUAUUUUCAUUAGUAUAGUGACACAAUUAACUAAAACUUUUUUGAACAACAUUAGAACACUCAUUGCCAAAAUACGGCUGACGAUUUUCACUUGAAGCAGCACAUUAUAAUCAUGGG